AUGAGCAAAGGUCACCCUACCAAGUUGGAAAAACUGAUGGACAAGAAAUUAUCACCAAAAUUAAAUGGUGGCAGACAUGUCCAAGGAAUAUUGCAGGGGUUCGAUCCCUUUAUGAAUCUUGUGAUAGAUGAAUGUGUGGAGAUGGCAACUAGUGGGCAACAGAACAAUAUUAGAAUGGUGGUUAUACAAGAAAUAGUAUCAUGUGGUUAA